AGACAAGCUGCAGGUCAAGUUACUAAGUCGCAAUUUCUUUCACAAACGGCAAAUCGUCCAUCAGAGGGCGAGCUACACUCGAUGCCUCCUGCUCCCUCCACCUCACAUCCAUCGACAGAGCUCGACAACACUUCACUCGCUGCUGCUAUUUGCAAGUACAAGCCCAUUUUUGGUGUGCCCUUGCUGGGUGCGCGCGUGUUCAGUAUUGCCCGGUCGUGCAGAUUUCUGUGUGUUGGUGAUACAAUCGCCCAAGGGUCUCAUGGUAUUCUAAUGCUGAGCUCUCAGGACCCAACGCUGGGGAUUCGACUACCCGUCCACAGCUCCGACGUACGCGACAUCAGCAUUCAUCGCUCCGAAAAUUUUGUACUCACUGUGGCAUUCGAUGGUAAGCUGGCUAUGACUAGUCUUCAAGAUAAGAAGGUGGCGCUGCAGAUUGCGCUUCCUUCCGGUAAACGGCAAGGUUGGUCGUGCACCUUCGGCGAAACAGAUCCCUAUGCCAUGUAUUGCGGCUUUCAAGACGGCAGUGUGGCCAAAUACGACUAUCGAAAGCCAGCUGCUGGCGAGCAGGGCAUCGUGAAGAGCUUUUCGCUCCCGCAACGGCAACCAGUGCAUUCGAUUAAGUUAUUCCAGACCCCCGAAGGUACGGAGGGUCUAGCAGCAGCAACAUUCCGUGGCCUGUCAGUUUGGAGAGAUGUUGCAGAUGCCGGUGAUGGUUCGGUUGGAGCCUCACCUUUCUCGCACGUACCGAGCGACCAGGUGUGCUUUUCACUAGCAUCGAACCAGCUACACUCCAAUCAAGUGGUGGUUGCGUCGCGUUCUACACCAAUGAAGCACAGCGUCUUUGACUUGCGCACGGUUGGGCUCGGGCGGCUCUCGCCACGAAUGGAAGUCGUUGGUCACAAGGCACCGUCGGUCUUGUCUCGAUCAGCGAUGUGGUCAGAAGCGGAUGGCACCUCGGUGGUGGCCUCUUGGUCUCACGACGUGGAAGACGUGACGAUGUGGAAUGUCACUACUCAACACGAGGUAAGCGGUCCAACACCUACGUGUCUUAUUAAUAGUGUGGCCUGCGCUGCUAUGCCAGUGGUGGACAUCCAGCACGCCGUCGCUCAGAACAGUUGGAGCUCUGGCUCUGCGCUCCUUGGCACGAUGACAUCUCGGCAGUUGUGCGUGUACGGAUCAGGCGGGUGGGCUGUCUGA